CUGCUAGACUUCUGACUAUGAUUCCUGUGGAAUAUGGAGAUACUUAUUUCCUGCAUAAGCUCCAGAAAUCAUAUGCCACUUAACCCUAGCGUCAUCACCUUAGCUCUGCUGGUUUGGGUAACUCCCUUUAAGAAGUACAGAAUUGGGCAGCUGUACAUGAUAAGCAAGCAUAGCCAUGAGCAGAGUGACCGAGGUGAAGGUGUGGAAGUGGUGCAGAACGAACCCUAUGAAGAUCCAAAUCACGGCAAUGGUCAGCUAACAGAAAAACGGGUCUAUCUCAACAGCAAGCUACCUAGCUGGGCUAGAGCAGUUGUUCCCAAAAUAUUUUAUGUUACAGAGAAGGCUUGGAAUUACUAUCCUUAUACAAUCACAGAAUACACAUGUUCAUUUUUGCCUAAAUUCUCCAUUCAUAUAGAAACAAAAUAUGAGGACAACAAAGGAAGCAAUGACAGUAUUUUUGACAAAGAAGCUAAAGAUCUUGAGCGAGAAGUCUGCUUUAUUGAUAUUGCCAGCGAUGAUAUUCCUGAGCGCUACUACAAAGAAUCAGAGGACCCUAAAUAUUUCAAGUCACAGAAGACUGGGAGAGGCCACUUAAAGGAAGGCUGGAGAGACACUCAUCAGCCAAUUAUGUGUUCCUACAAACUUGUGACUGUGAAAUUUGAAGUUUGGGGACUUCAAACCAGAGUGGAGCAGUUUGUACACAAGGUGGUCAGAGACAUACUAUUGAUUGGUCACCGGCAGGCUUUUGCCUGGGUUGAUGAGUGGUAUGACAUGACAAUGGAUGAAGUCCGAGAGUUUGAACGAGCAACUCAGGAAGCUACCAACAAGAAAAUUGGGAUUUUCCCACCUGCAAUAUCUAUCUCUAACAUUUCCAUGCCUUCUUCAACCCGCAGUGCUCCAUCUAGUGCUCCAUCUACUCCUCUCUCCACAGAUGCUCCUGAAUUCCUAACAGUUCCCAAAGAGCGGCCUCGAAAAAAGUCUGCUCCAGAAACUCUCACUCUUCCGGAUCCAGAAAAAAAAAACCUUUAAAUUUAACCCAGCAUGUUUCCUUCUGAUAAGCCAUGUCAACCACAGCAAGAGUAACUCAGUAUCUACAAAGGUCAUGAUGGUUGGUUGUUUGUUUUUUGCUAAAAUAAUCUUACUGCUGUGGAAAGAUUGCUUCUUUACUCAGAUAUGAUCCUUAAAACCUUCAGAGAAGUGCAUGCAAGAGAAAGUAAUUCAUAUAUUCCUAAAGUGUUCCGAGCCAUAUGGCACGUCUUACUGACAUGCAAUGAAAUAGUCUGAGGAGAAUCCUAUAAAAGAAAUAAAAAAUCUUUCUGUAGCAGUAUGUCUAGCUACAAAUCUUCAUCUAGGUCAUAGCAUUUAUAAUUAGGAGUAGGUAUUUAGUAAAGCUGCCAAGGACUUCUGAGGCAAAUUUGUGCCAACUAGAAUGCAGGGUUAACAGGAAAAACACUCCCAUUUUCUUCUAUUGUAACUGAUUUUUAAAUCCUUCCUACACUCAGGCUUCUCAUGUAUAUUCAUAAACCUUUGACCUGCAGCUCAUUGUACUUGAACACCAAGAACAAUCAUUCAGAUUCACAUUUCGCUUAAUAUGACUCAGGAAUUGGGGCCAAGCUAACAAACACUAAACUUUUCAAACCUGAAGUAUCACUGUAUUGAAGCCCCAAUUGUAAUUAAUUAUACUAACUUUGAGGCCAUUCAACUAUUUCUAUCUUGCACAGAAUUUAUAAAAGAAACCACCCAUUUCUUGUAAAUACUGUAUUUUAAUAGCUCUCCCCUGUACUUUUGUGAUCUCUUAAGUCUGUAUUGGUGUUCAUGACUCCUGUUCUAUGUAUAAGAUGGAAAAACAAGCAGCUAAUUUGAGCCAGCUGAGAAGCAAAACCAAUGAAUUCUGUCCUUUCCUCACCGGAAGAAGACUAGUCAUUAUGCUGUAAGACCUUCAGUGUAAAGGAAAGAAAAUAGGAGACUCCUCUGGGCUUUUUCUUAUCCUGCCUUUCAUCUCUCCUAAACAGCACAAUCUGUACUAACAGGAAGCUGGUCCCAGGCUUUACCAUUGUCUCUGAAGAAGAGGUGAAUAAAAUCUGUCACUUCUAAAAUGCAAAUGAACCACGGGGCUGCUCAGUCCCACGGAGGGUGACAUUAAGGAAAAAGAAGUGCUCUUCCUGGCCUGUGUGUGAAAUCACUCUUCAGUCUCAGGAACGAAAAUCUAGAAAUGGAUAUUACUGCACAGAGAUACGCAGACUGGGGGGUGGGGGGAGAAAGGAAAUGGCAGAAGUAGUUCCUUCCUUCCCUCCCUCCCUCCCUCCUUCCUUUUUUAAGCCUAAGCUCAGUGAGAACUUUUCCCAGUUUGUCUUUCAUACAAAUUGCUAUUUAAUGAAUGUUGUCAGUAGCUAUCUCUAUUGGUUGCUGUAGUAGACAUUAAAUAAGCUACCGUUCAAUUCCCAGUGAAUGAUAGCGUAUUGCCUGAAUCACGUGAUCAAAGUGGAUGAUAUUUUGUACUAUUGGUUACACUGGUCCAGAUAAAAAAAGUGUGACAGUCCUCGAGAGCUGAACUAUCACUGAAUAAUGAACAAUCAGUUUGGGGAUGGCCUUUUACCUGAAAAGGAUGGUUGUGCCAUCUUCUCAGCACAAUGGUAUGAUUUGCUCGUGCAAAAGUUUGACUGGCUUAAAUGCACUGAACUUCUCAACAGUUGUAUAUCCAGUAGAAGUUAUGUUGAAUGUGUGAUAUUAAUAGAGUAGUUUUAGUAGCAGGAGAGGUAAUUCCACUGUCAACCUGCACUGAAAACGUGUAUAUUUGUUUGAUAGUUAAAACCCUGUAGCUAGCAAAAUCCAGGAGCUCUUUGUAGGUUAGCUGUGGUCUGAUUUCAUGCAUUCUCCCACUUACUGUCCAUGUUCGGCUUUCCUUUUCUUCUCCAAGCUAGUAAUUUUGUGUGAUUAGUAAACCAACUGAUGAUGAUUUUUCAUAAGAAAAACAGCCACUGUAAUGCUGCAAACAAAACUUUCCUACAUUAGUUUAUGACAUCAGCUCACAGAAGAAUGUAUGAAUUAAGUAUUCAUGAUUAUAACUGGUCUAAUCAUUUCUUUUUAUUUAAUAGCAAAAUUCAAAUAUUGGCAGAGAAGGGAGACCUUUGAAAGCAUAAAGUAUUAUUUGCUUGGGUUUCAUUACCUGAAUUUGACCUAUGUACAAAUCAUUUGGGUCCUCCACACCUGAAAUUAUAUUUUUCAGUGAAUUUGCACAUAUAUAUAUAUAUGUUUAUAUUUAACAUCUGGGUUUGACACAGAUUAUUAGACCAAAGUAACCAUACCUUUUACCCAUACUGAACUGCUUCACUUCCUGUCCCAUGUGGAUACACUGAUUAUCAUAUUAUGUAGGUUUGGGCAUAAUGAAUAUAUGAAAAUUACUAAUAUACCUGAAUAGGACACAACUCAGUAGCUGCAUGACAGAUAUGUAACAGAAAGAAAGACACUGAUCAUGUCAUGGAAAAAAUGACAGACUGCUUAAUGCUGUGCCUCUCUCCGCAUGUGCUGCUGCCAUACCCACUUCCAACUCUCAGUGCUGUUCUAUAGGAGUAUCAGGUUUAAUGACUGGAAGACAGCCUUAAUUUACUGCAGGCCAAAAUUAGGAUCAGGAUUGUCCAUAUUGCUUACUAAUGAAGGCAAAUAAAAAGAUCUGUAAUGAUCUAUUGCAUUGUGUAAGAAAUAACCGCAGGCUUUUUUGGGCUGUGUAAGCAUCCUCUACUGUGUUCUGCUCAGUUUUCUCCACUGGUCAGUCAUUAAUCAUUUCAUCAAUAUGAUCUUUAAAUAUCAUUUCUUUUUCUGUUUUUUUAAUGCAGGAUUACUUUUCCUCCAGAAGAUUCCUGACAAACAUAUACACACACACACAUACACAAUUAAAUAAAAAGGAAGGUCAGAAUACUUGCUGACACGUUUUGAGGGAAUGCAGUUUGUUUUCAUUACUGAUUUUGUCACAGUGAUUUUUUAGUAUUUUCAAACAUCUUUAUUAGGAGAAAAAUAGUAUUUUGCAAGUGUUCAUCACUUCUUUUGCAAAAAAUAAAUAAUGUAAUUAUCUAGUGAGUGCAUCUUUAAAGUAUGGUGCCAGGCAGCAAAGCUGAAUAUUCGAAAUAGCUGUGUCUUCCUAUUCUCUGCCGCAGUGAUUGAAGAAUUACAUGAUACAGCUCUGCUAUGACUAUACAAGGAAUACACAUCAAGAAGAAUACACUUCAGAACAGAUAAUGGGAUAAGUCUGUUUGGGUUUUUAUUAAAACCUUCUCCCAGGCUUGCUCCUACUUUCAUGAAUUUCAUUGAGAACAAUCAUAACGAAGUAACUGGCAAUUCACUGCAGUCUUUAGAAGAGUUGAUCUCCUAAUAAAUUAAAAAAUGAGGUAUUCAUAAUGACUAUCAGGAACAACACAUUCCUGACACACUUACUUAAUGGGAUUUCUUCUGAAUGUAUUGGUUGAUUUUGUAAAUGACUGGAUAAAUCCUAUUGAAAGAAACUAUUUGACCUUAUUCUUUGGCUUUUUUAAUUAUUCUGGAAGGUGAUUUUGUGACAUCUAGUAGCCAAUUUGCAUUAAUUGCUGCUGUAGAGAUUUUGAAAUGAAAAUAUUUGUUCUUUGACUUUCCUUUUGUAAUGACAGCUACAUUUUGUUAAAACUGCUUUGAAGCUUGCUGCACUAUAACUUUAAAACAAUGUGCUAUCAUUUGAAGUAAGCCAAAUGUAUAUGCUUUUUAUGAGUUAGUGAGUGCAGUAAGAGAGAACUCAUGAACUUGUCAAUAGGAACUUUUCCAUUUCCUUGUUUGGACCUGGUUUUAUAUGUGUAAGUUAAAAAAUGCUAAAUAAGUCUAACAAUGUUUUGCUUUAAACAAACAGCAUGGUCAUUGAAUUACAAUCUCCUGUAGUUUUGUGGUGUCUCUGAAACAGAUUCACUUUUUUAUUUCAUUUCUGUGACAAUUCCAUGUGACUCUGAAUGUCUAGUAAUUCAUUUAUUUAGAUUUAUGACAGCUACAUUAGCCAAUACACCACUACCAUCAAAGAAGGACCAAGUUUUGAAAUGCUCUGUAUGUUAGAUAAUGCAAAGCUAAGCAGGAGAAUUUGAUGGUCAUAUUUUUCAUCCAUAUCACUUCCUUUCUGAUUUUUUCAAAUUUAUUUAUUUUUAAUACUGUAUUUUUCCUUGCAUUUUGUUGUAAAUAAACUACCAACAGUUAUUCUUUACAA